AUUUGAUUGUUUUCGGUCUUGGAGCAAAUAGGCCUUUGAGCCUGCAGAAUACAGACAUCGAUUUGCCACUUAUUUUAUAAUUAGCGCGCGCUUUAGACACAUCGUUUAACCUUAAGUUACGAAAUUCGAUUCAUUUCGAUUCGAUUUUCCACAGAAAACCUCCCGCCUGCUGUUUUCCUCUUUUCCGUUUAGUGCUUAAAACAACAGUCAUCAUAACACCAUCAAUAAAUGGACGGAUCUCAUCGAUAUUUCACAUUUAUAAAACUAAAAUUCACAUUUUGUUCAGGUUAUUUGUUACUAAAUAUGGUAAACACGGUUUAUUUGUUGUUCAAGUUUGUUGACAUUCACGUGCCGAAUUAUUAAUCUAUUUGAGACCGUGAAAAUAGCCUAUGUUUAUCAUCGUCAGACUCUGUUGCUAAAUAAAGCUUGUUUUAAAGCAACUCUGAGCAAAUAUAAGCACUUGCAUAUAUUAUAAAUAUAAGAAGAUUAUACAUUAUUAAAUAGCUACGGAGUAAACGGAAAGAGAUAAAUGUAAAAGAGUAUCUAAAUUGGGCAUGAUGUAGGAUAUGAAUAAUAAAAUAAACACAGAUGACAUGGAUUGUCUGAGAAUGAAAACAACAUUAAACGAAUAUAUUUUUUUUAUCAACGACGAAAUGGCAUUAAACAGUCAACUAUAGAAAAACUAAAAUACGUUUUUAAAUAUCUAUAAUAUUUAAAACCAGACAUAAAUGUGCAAAAAUGGACGCAACUACUCACAUAAAAAUGUUUGUUUUAGCUCCAUUCCUGGAUUUUUUAAAAAAAAAUGAAAAGACAUAAUCAACGCAUACUAAUAAAUUAAGUCACCAUAUUGACAGUAACAUCACCCCUAAAAUAAAGAGGUUAAUAUGAAUUUAUAUUGAAAUAGACUAUACGAAAUUAUAUUGAUUUAGAUUAUAGUAACGAGUAAUGUUAAAAUAACACCAUAACAACAACAACAUAAUAAUAAUAACAAAGUUGGUCAUUUAAGUGUGAGAAUAUGAUUUAACAUGCAAAUCUAUAAAGGUGUUAUUGAAUAUGUCCUUUAAUAAUGACGCAUUAUUUUCUGUUAAAAAUGUAGAACAUGUUAGCAGAAGAUACCAAGACCCCGGUUAUCUCCAGAUACCAUGAACAGAAGGUGACCUCCGAUGAGCAGCUAAACAGCCGCUGGAUUGAUUGGUUGGGAAUUACCCUUACCUUUGGAUACCACUAUAUUUAUAUAGCCUACGCAUUUGGGAAAACCGCUUUUUCGGAUUUUCACCCAAGGAUGAUGGAAAAACUGAAAUCCGAGCAAUUUCCGCUCAGCCCGAGCGCGGGGGGCGACGCAUGCGGGAAACAGGAAGGCACGACGGCGGAGACGGGAGAGCAUCACCCCCCAGAGGAGCGCGGGGUCCUCAAUGGCGUUGCCAAGGAAACGGCGCACCCCGCCACCGAGCUAAAAAAGGAGGUGGCGGUGAUCGAGCUGUCCAGGAGAGGAGGGAGCGCGGAUAUAAAAGGCAGAGAGCUCAAGGCAGACAUCAGCCUUAAGGUGCAGACCACCGAGCUGUGCAGACCACCGAUUCCCCUGCCGCUGCCUCCCAGAGAGCCGCUGAGCGACACUCGAAUGGUGCAGUUGAGUCCGCCCGCGUUCCCUCUCCCGGCUCGAGCGAUGCUCUACAGCAACAUGACCCCACCGCUCGCCACUAUUAACAGUGGUUUUGCUGGAGAAGCGGAUCAGUAUGGGAUGUAUCCCAGCAGUCGAGUGAAACGCAGACCUGCACCUUAUGAGGUUGAAAUCAGCGAUGGUAGGAGCAUUUUAGAUCUUUCUAAGUAUGGUUCACAGCCCAAAGUCGUGCGACGGAUUUUCACGAACAGCCGCGAGCGCUGGCGGCAGCAGAACGUGAACGGUGCCUUCGCUGAGCUCCGCAAGCUCAUCCCAACCCACCCUCCGGACAAGAAGCUCAGCAAGAACGAGAUCCUCCGCCUGGCCAUGAAGUACAUCAACUUUCUGGCCAAGCUCCUCAAUGACCAGGACGACAUGGUGGGGGGCGAAGCCACCGCCCGAGACACAACCCUGGCACGGGACGACCUCCUUCAGGAGAUGCUGAGCCCAAACUCCAGCUGCGGGAGCCUGCUGGAUGGCGACGCCAGUCCGGAGAGCUUUACCGAAGACCAAGACUCUUCGGUGGAGUCCAGGUCUUCGGCGAGGGGACUGCAUCACUCCAGCCACCCGAUAGACGGAAACGCCCAGCGAUGACUGAUUUGGCAUUGACAGACUGAGAAGGCUCAAUGCUUCAUGGACCUCAACUAGCGUAUGUUCAUGUCGUGUGCAAGCAUAUUCUUACGUAUGACUUUCUGUUAAGCUCUUCUCUUCGCGCUUCAACACUAAGGUGCCCUCCGCGGUGAAACGCUGGUACGGGGGAAAACGUCAGGUAGAUUUUUAAGUCCACACUUAGGCAGGAAUCGUUGAUCGCCACCUGGAAACGAAAGAAAACAGAGUGAAUGGUACCCACAUCUCAUCAGGUACACCGCUGUGAAGGAGGUCAUUGGAAACAGCUGGACUUGUACAACGAAAAAGAGCAGUUGAAGCAUGAAAAGAAAUAGUUCAUCCACACAAAAAUGACAAUUUUGGCCUCAUUUACUCACCCAUGUGUCACUCCAAAUGUGAGUUUCUAUCUUCGUUGGAACCUAGAAGAACAAAAUUUGAAGAACCGACAGUCAAUUGGGUCCAAAUUUUUGGUUUUGGUCCCCAUUGACUUCCAUUGUACGGAUGACUUCUAUUGUUCUUCACAAGAUUUAAAAUUUGAAGUGACAUGAGCGUGAGUAAGUGAUAAAAAUUAUGAUGUUCUUGAUUAUAGACGCCCCGGCUUUGGCGUCUUUGAGACAGAUGUGUACAUACUGGGUAUUGUAAUGAGUUAUGACUUUUAUUUUAAGUAUUACUAGCAUCAAUGGCAAUAGCAACAAAAUGCUAUUUGGAAAAAAUGCCAUUUUGUAAAUGGUUUUUUGGUAUUAUAUUUCGAAUCUCACACGCAUACAAGAAAAAUGGUGGAGGAGGUACAAGAACGUGUACAUAGAUCGGGAUAAUGUCGUGUGUCUGUAACAAUGUUCCUUCGGACUGUUCUUUUGCAUUGUGAUUAUGGUACACCAUUAAUUCGCAUCUCCAUUUCACCUUCAUUCAGUCAUUCAUUCAUUUGUUUCUUUGGCUCAAACACCCCUCCAACCCGACCACCUCACAAUGACACAUUCAUGGAGUAACGUUCUGUCACUUUAUUUGACUUGUAUAAACUUGAUCUGCUUUUUAGCAGAGGAUUGAGUAACCAGUCUUGGUACCUUUAAGUCUUUUAUUGGGUAUAAAAACGAGCAAGCAAACAAAAAUGGUUAUUUUAAUGUGAUAUUUAGUAGAAAGACCUUUGUUGUAAGGUGAAAAUCUAUCUAUGAAUAUAUGCAAUGUUAUAUCACACAAAUUUUAUAUAAAAACCCACAAAAAUAAAAAACACAAACUUGAACGUGUGUGCUAUUCUUCUGAAAAUGCUGAAUAUAAUAGAAGAUUCAUUGUGAGUGUGGACGUUACGUUCAUAUUGUCAAAUGUCUGAAUUAUAAUAGUCUUUUCUGUUGCCAUGACAACUGUAAAGGUAGAGAAGGAAAAAAAAAUCCAGUGGAGCGUUUUACGAAGUGUCAAAAAAAUACAGCAGACAGGGAUUAAAUAGAAAAAAAAAAUAGUGCAUUGAAGGGACUGAGAUAUAUGAAAAUACUGUCAAAUCACUCAUGCUAGUCGGGACUUAAAGAAAAAAAAUACAAGGUAUUUUUAAUGUAAGGAACAAAAUGUUAAAUCCCUGACAUGAAAAAUGAAUACAGUGGGAUGUGAUGACAAGAAUUUAGAUUCAACCACAUACAGCAGGCGCUUAACACGACAAAAACAUAGAUAUGCCCUGCUUAGAAAAAGCCUAUCUUAUUUUAAGAUUUUGAGGGUGUGAGGACAGUCAGGGUCAUACAUGGGUGUCUGAACCCUGGGAAUAUGAUUCUGAAGGGCUGAUAAGAAUCAAAGCCAAUGAAAAAGUCACUGGUCGGCCUACAGGGACUGUGAAAAACUGAUCCAAGGGCAGUUCCCAGACCAAUCACUGAUCCACACCCACACACAUGAACCACCUUCCCAAACGCUCGCCAUCCUAUCAGCUGGAGGACAUGAGAAGCAUUAAAAGCUAAAGGAAUAAAGCUACAUGUCAAAUAUCUGCACAGUAACUCCUCUUUUAUAUCUAGAGGAGAUAGCGUGACAUCACAAAUACACAGUUUGUAUGAGGAUGGAUAGUGAUUGAUAGUAUUUCAUACAACAUUUUAAGUAUUUUACAUUGAUAGACCACCUUAAAAAUUAUAAAUGGGUUAUUAUUUA